GUACAUCUUUUUUUUUUUCUCUCAGAUCAAUUUUUUAGUCAAACUUAGAUCAAUUUUUAUGGGAUGAAGGGAAGCACUUCGAAUCCUUCUCUCGGACAGUGGUCUCGGUUACAGUUACACAUUUCUUUUUUCCGUUACCUUCCCCACCGCCCCUUUUUUCUCAGAGUGCCGGUAAAAUGGCGCAGACGAAGAGAAUGGUUUUGGGCCUUCUGACAUUUGUCGCAAUCGGAAUGAUUAUCGGAGCUCUUGUGCAAUUGGCAUUUAUUUGGAGAUUGGAAGAUUCAUAUGGGACACAACCCACAUUGAGGGGAUUGCGUGGGAUUCGACAUGGUGCCAAACCUUUGGAAAUAGGACCUUCAAAGCUGGCUUAUGACAAAGAAGCUGUAAUGCUACGUCUUGGUUAUGUGAAACCUGAAGUACUAAGCUGGUCACCGAGAAUAAUUCUGUUUCAUAACUUUUUAAGUACAGAGAAACAUGCAGAGGUAGUGGUUUUCCUUGAGCAACAUAUUCUUUUCAGCCCUACCCACAAAAGGAGAUUUUUCUUUCCUGAGUUUCUGAUGAUAAGUUCCUGUCUUCUGAAGUUGCCUAUUGGAAGUUUUUUUUUGCUGUAUAACUAUGUAUUUGAUGGAUAUAAACUGGGAAGCCACAUAAUGGAAAAUAACAUCUUGCCCAUUGCGGAUUACUUGGAUUAGUGUCAUAGAUGGUGGAUACAAUGGGCUGACGUUAUUUUACUUCAACUAGGAAUUAUAUAUGUAGUUUUUUGUUCUUAUUUGAAUAGAUAUACUGUUUUUAGUUUUUAUGAAAAAUGAAAGACUCAAAAGGCACUGAAGUGCUUGACCAAUUUUUUAUUAAUAAUAUUUCUUGUAGUAGUAUAUACUUCGCAUAUAAUAUACCACAUUUCUUUAAUAUCUUUGUGUUUGCAAAUAUUGAACUGAAGUGCAGAAAGGGUGUAGGGAGCACAGUAUUUUUAUCGACUAUAAUAUGCUACUCAUUUGGCUAACCUUAACAGUAGGAAACAUAUUCACUGAAUUUUGGAAGCUAGUUUUCUUAAUUGGCUCCAUUCAAUACAUACAUUGAGGCAUUGAGCCAAUUCUGCGUAUUUAUGUUUGUCUUUUCCGUAAACAGCAGUGUAUCAUAGGAAAUGACCAUCUAUAUUUCAUGAAUGUAGUUGCAUUUGUAUUCUAUUCCGUACUUCUACACACCUACUUAAUUGUGACUGUAAUAAAAGGGCAGCCAGGUGCAUCUGCAUAUGUAGGAACUAGGAAGUAGGGUCCAGUGAAGGAUCGGCCCAUUAAGUUCUGCUGUACAUAUCCUGACCUUGUAGUUCUUAAGUGUAGUGGUAAUACUGGUCUUGUAUUCCAUAGUUUGUCUUCAGAGUGUGGUAGUAUUUGAACUACUAAGGGGGCAUAGAGGUAGAAGUAACAUACUAUAAAAUGCAUUUGCCAGUCUCCACUGGAGAUUGUAUUUGAUCAUUAUCAUUAUCAUUAUCAUUACCCCAGUGCUGCACAGGCUCCCACCUACGGUGGGGUAAGGGGGGGUCGGAUGUACGCAGUCUUACCCCUAUACUAAAGCAUAGAGAGACUGUUUCCGGAUGACCAUAGUGAAAAUCGCGUCCAAAAUAACAUGGACUGACCGCUACUUCAUAACAAAGAAGCGCAGACAGUUUAGUGAGCCAUUUUGCUUUAUUUCAUUAUAUUCUCAAGCCAAAAAAUAUUGAGUCUUUGGCUCCAUUGCAAAUGAUGGAAAGUGGAGAUUGUAUUUGAUAAGACAGUAAAAUGUAAAAUUCCUGCAGAGUCUAGAUACUUUAUAGUUUUAUAUGCACUACUUAUCUUGUUGCUAGUGCCUGGAGGAAGUGGAAACUGUAUCCAAUCAAAAAAUUGGGUUGGAAUUUCGAAGGUAAAAGUCAACGUUUCAUUUUCAGAAAUAGAACUAAGGGGGAAUAGAGAUAGAAGUAAUAUGAUGUGAAAAGCAUUUGUCAGUCUCUAGUGGAGAAAGUUCAAACUGUACUCCGACUUCAAAUAAUUUAUUUUGGAAGUGAAUCUUAAUGGUUCCUUUUCAGGAAUGUGACUAUCUUAGAGGUAUUGCGAAGCCCCGCCUUCAAGUAUCCACGGUGGUGGAUAUAAAAACUGGAAAAGGAAUCAAGAGCAAUGUCAGGACAAGUUCUGGUAUGUUUUUGAAUCAUAAUGAGAGGCUAUACCCUAUGAUACAGGCAAUCGAAAAACGAAUAGCUGUCUAUUCUCAAAUACCAGUUGAAAAUGGGGAGCUCAUUCAAGUUUUAAGAAGCACAGGUAUGAAAAGAAUGAGCUGUACAGACCACAUCAUGACUACUUCACUGAUGAAUUUAACAUAAAGAGGGGAGGUCAAAGAGUAGCAACCAUGCUCAUGUAUUUAAGUGACGACGUUGAAGGUGGAGAAACAUACUUUCCAAUGGCUGGUACCAACGAAUGUAGUUGUGGUGGGAAGAUGGUUAAAGGAUUAAGUGUAAAGCCUACUAAAGGAAAUGCUGUGCUGUUCUGGAGCAUGGGGCUCAAUGGAGAAACGGACCCGAGUAGCCUACAUGGAGGGUGUGAGGUUGUGUCAGGAGAGAAGUGGUCUGCCACAAAAUGGAUGAGGCAAAGAACUAUUUCCUGAGUCCACUGGUUUUUAUAAGAGCGUUUUUACAGAGCAUUUCCUGGUUUUGGAUGAGAGCGUCUUUUAGCUAGGGGAAUCCUCCUGAUGAGUGAAUGUUAAAUUUAGCUAAAGGUGACUGAUAAUAUAGCUUGGUAUACAGCAUUUGUGUUCAAUAGAAAGGGAUUGACAUGAAAAAAUGUUACUUCAUCCAUAUAUACAUUCUAUUCUUCCAUUUUUAUGUAUAUUAACUGCAUGCAAGUUUACUCAAAGACUUGUUCUAAGAUCUUUAGUAUAUAAACCUCCAUCAUUAGUCACCAAUUCACCAUACUCCAAGAGUUUCUAAGCAGAAGCAAUUGUCUAAACUCAUGAUUUUGUGAUGUGUAUUUCAAGACCACCGAGUUUAUUGCUAUUAUG